GGUAGGCGUCGGCUCUCCGACAGGACACCCUCCUGCAAAGCCGGGGCCAGGCUGGGCUCAUUACGUCACAUCCGGAGUGGCCAUCUUUCUGCUAGGGCUAACGGAUUGUGCGGGUCGGUGCCCGGGGAACUGCCCGUGACCCGCCGCCGCUAUGUCAGACUUUGACAGCAACCCGUUCGCGGAUCCGGACCUGAACAACCCGUUCAAGGAUCCUUCCGUUACACAGGUGACCAGAAAUGUACCCCCCGGGCUAGAAGAGUAUAACCCUUUCUCCGAUUCCAAAACCCCUCCACCACCAAAAGUGAAAAUGCCCACCGCCGCACCUAGCACACAGCCGGCUAUAAUGAAGCCAACAGAGGAGCCCCCAGCUUACACUCAGACUGCGAAAGAACAUGUUCUAGCCCAGGCUGAGCUCCUGAAGCGCCAGGAAGAGCUGGAAAGGAAAGCAGCAGAACUGGACCGCAGGGAGCGGGAAAUUCAAAGCCUGAACCAGCCUGGAGGUAGGAGAAAUAAUUGGCCUCCCCUUCCUGCAAACUUCCCUGUCGGCCCGUGUUUCUACCAGGAUUUUUCAAUGGAUAUUCCUGUGGAAUUUCAGAAAACUGUAAAGAUUAUGUAUUACCUAUGGAUGUUCCAUACGGUCACCCUGUUUGUAAAUGUCUUUGGCUGUCUGGCCUGGUUCUGCGUUGAUGCGACUCGAGGGGUUGACUUCGGAUUGGCCAUUCUGUGGUUCUUGCUUUUCACUCCAUGCUCAUUUGUUUGCUGGUACAGACCACUUUAUGGAGCCUUCAGGAGUGACAGUUCUUUCAGGUUCUUCGUGUUCUUCUUUGUGUACAUCUGUCAGUUUGGUGUGCAUGUUCUUCAAGCUGCUGGGUUUAAAGGCUGGGGUAAUUGCGGUUGGAUUUCUGCACUAACUGCACUCAACAACAAUAUUCCAGUGGGAAUUAUGAUGAUAUUGAUCGCCGCCCUUUUCACAGCCUCUGCAGUAGUAUCACUAGCCAUGUUUAAAAAGGUGCACGGACUGUACCGGACAACAGGGGCCAGCUUUGAGAAGGCCCAGCAAGAGUUUGCUACAGGCGUGAUGUCUAACAAAACCGUGCAGACUGCUGCAGCCAAUGCAGCCACCACAGCUGCAAGCAGCGCCGCCCAGAAUGCUUUCAAGGGUAACCAGAUGUAAGGGAGCCAGGCUGCAGGCAACUGUUACCACGGUCAUCUCUCUUCAGUCAUGCUCUGUUCCUCCAGCAAUGUUUGCAACACCCCACAAAAGACUUGAAAUUGCACUUGUCAUGUGUAUUUGUCCAAUCCAGCCCAUUCAAUGCCAGUGGGCACUGGAAUGUCCCAUUCUGCAGAAGGCUCCCAAAGGCACGCAUUGGGUUUAUUGGUUGUGCAUGGUGAAAACCAAUAAUGCUGUUACUAGAUCCCCUAUACACUCCCCCCUCCCCAUCAGGUCGGCUCCUCUCGCCUCCUUUUCUUAAGAGCAGAAUGCUCUGACUCAAAUAUUGUCUCUAGAAGUCUGGUGGGUAACUUUUGUGUGACUAUGAAGUGAUUAGAUUGGAAUUGUGUUGGGUUCUCAUUUCAGAAAGUAUUUUGCUCCUGCUUUGCGCUAAAGGGCACAUUUCCUUUCCAUUGUAUGUACUUUAUUGUUAGUACCAUAUUUUAAGUAUAGAACGUUAGUUUCUAGAAGUGCGUUCCCUGUGAGAGAAGCUGGUGAACUAUCCACACAUACAUACUGUAAGUGACUGCUGCAUCUGGUUCCUAUUAUUUAGUGGCUAAAGCCCUAGAGAUACUUUAUAGCCGAUUGGUUUCUUAGAAGCACCACAUGGAAGCUACAAGACUGUUACCCAUCAGCGGUAAUACUACUGGGUUAUGUCUCCUAGAUGGUUACGUGUAUCUAGGACCAUCUAUGCUUGGUGUGGGUAUUCCCCUUGCUGUUACAGAUUUGCUGGUCACUACAGUCCGUAGUGUUAAGAAGGGAAGCUGUGUCAGUGUUCAUGCUUAAUCUCUCCAUAACCUCCUUGUGUUGUUUGUGUGUGUUUGUGAGGUCUCUGGUAUUUCAUGCAGUGCAUUGUUACCUUACUUUGUUUUUUUUUUUUUUUAUUAUUUGCGGUUUUUGUUUUUUUUAUAGUAAGCCUAUUAUAGGUACAUAACUGACUGUAUGCUUUGAAGAGGUCUUUUACAGACGGUCUGUACCGCUGAUAUUGUCUCUGCAAGUUGAAGUAUUCCUGAAAGCACGAGACCAUGUUAGAAGAGUCUUCAAUGUAAAGUUGCCCGUGUCUUAUACUUAGGUCACACAUGGCUUCUCGUUAUUAUGAACGACAGUGUUUUCAGUCACUGCGUAGCUGUAGCCCCUUAAAUAGAAGACUUGUAUCCCGCAGCUUCUGAAGCUAAAUCCGCACACUUUGGCAUCAGACAGGCAAUCCUUCAUUUAGCUGCCAGUUGUUGUGGUUUCGCUUUGUUUUUUUCUUUGGUUCUUCCAUAUCUAAAACCUGUGAUUAUAAAUUAUAAUUGGCUGUCAUAGUGUAGGUAUCAUUUUAUUUUCUGUUUUAAGGAAUGAUUGACAGCUUUGCCUAGUGAGCCCCACCUCUCCAGCCUUGUGCAUUGUGGGGAGACUAGUACUGCCAGAAAACAAAAUGGUGGAAUGAAAAAUUAAGAAAUGUAUAGGAAUUCCCUUUUUUUUUUUUUAUAUAAUUUAUUAUUAUUAUUAUUUUUGCUUUUAGUGAAACAUGGUGAUGCCUUUUUUUGUCACCAAUGAACCCUAUUUAUAUUUUUACUGUGAGAAAUCCAGUCACUAGUACAUAAAACAGCUCACCCGGGUCAAACCUAAUUGGCGGCAUCAAAGUAUUUAAUACAGUAGCUCUAUAGCUAGCUUAGCAUUGCAAAUGGGUUUUUUUUUAAAUCUUUUUACUGAAAUGUUGGAUACAUAAUUUUAACAGGCCAUGAAAAAAAGCUGGUGAUAAGUAUUUUGCAUUUCAUAGGUAUUUUUUCUUUUUUUCUUUGUGCAAAUGUAUUUAAGCCCAGUAUGCACGGAAAUUAAGGGAAUUAUUAUAGAAGGAUUGAUUUACAAAUAGAAUGUUUUGGUUCUAUAUGCGGAACAUCUGUCGUCUGUAGAGCUGUACUGCCAGAGGAGGCCACUUUCACAUCCCAUCUGUGGCAGGGGUAACAGUCUUCUAUCGGGGGACUACCAUGAGGAGAUGUAAGCCAUGAAAUGUUGAGAUUUUCAAUCUGCCACAGAGAAUUAUAAGAUUGUCCUUGGUCACUGCACAUGGUCAAACAACUAUGCAACCUAUGCAUAACAAUACAGGAUUGACUUCUACGUCACUAGUGCUGGUGCAGCCGCGUGUUCAUUCCCAGCUAACCACUUGGAUUUGUCCCCAAACUUGAAAUCUGUUUUGUUUUUUUCUCUCUUAGAACUGGCAUAAUUCAUCCAUAGAAAUCCUUUAAUGUUGGUGGAGUACGGCAGGUAUAUCACUAGGACACGAAGUGAAGAACAAUACUGUGUAGUUUACAAAUAUUGCUCAAUGUUAGUUUAUCUAGAAGCAAAUGUAGCAACUUGAUACCACCAGUUGUGCAGUUUCUUUUUAUCUCUUGUGUAUGUUUUAAUUUAUUUAAUUUCUACCAACUUUACAGCAUUGUACCGGAUCCACAAUACUGUACCUGCACAUGGCCAAUAAAACGGUAUAAGGAUAAGCGGUGCUAAUAAAACUGUUCUCACCCAAAUGUAGAUGUCCGUGUGAGAAAAUAAGCUUCUUUCCUUCUCGGAGUGCAGAUGCCCCACAGCUCAAUAAUGUAUUGCUGAUCAGUGAGGCCUCACGUAUGAUAUGUCUCUUCAUUCCAAUUGCUUAACAUAUAAAUACACAUUGAAGAAAGCGGCUGUAUUGGGAUUCAUCCCAGAGACCAGAAGCGCAUGUGGUACUUGCGCUUUUCUAUUUUAUAACGAAUCACAUGACUCAUUCCAAGGAAUUCCAUGAUGGAACACGGAGAAACUGGGUACAUACUCCUGCAUGUGAGCAUCUCCCAUACAACUUGUUCUUUAUAUGCCAUAUUUUGUUAUACAAUGAUUCGGUUACCCACUACUUGUAAGACAAUUCAAGACACUAACCAAAGUAUGGGCAAAUGAUGAUUCUUCAUGGACUGGAUAAGUUAGGAGUGGUUAAGAUGAUGAUCCUUCCCCAAAUUUUGUACCACUUCCAGGCCAUCCCCUCCGCCACAAACUUUUAAAUCUAAUCUAAACUUAAUGAUUUGGAUUUUCCUGGCUGUAUAUAGCUGUGGGUUCCAGAAACGCCUAAAUACCUACUUAAGCAGCCCUAUUCCUGACUUAUGUUGGAUAACUUUAGUCUGUAGGCCAGAUGACCUUUAAGGUACAUUGAUAUUAGUGUGUAUAUGUACAUAUACAUAUAUAUCUAAUAAAUCAGAGGCUCCGCACUCCUCAUAAUAAGGCAUGGGGAUCUAGAAGUGGCGAAAGCAGUGGAUCAGUCCCUUUUGAUUUAUCUAUUUAUUUAUUUUUAUGUUUUGAGGAUCACAUCUUCUCAUGAACCCAGUGUUAGCUCAUUAAUCCAACUUGUGUCCGGUUCUUUCCUGUCUGAUAGGCUUGGUGACUGACUCAUUUUUAAAAACCAGUGUGCGGUGAGCUUUAAGUCUUAAGUGUGAUACCAAUUACCAUGUUUAUAAUUCUGAGGGUGGAAUAGGUCUUGCAGAAGAAAAGGGGUCCCUGGGGCUUCUGUAAUAGCCUGAACUAAAUCCCCAUUAGUUAUUAUGGUGAGUGCAGAACCUAUGUGAUUUGUAUACCACAUGCACCCCAGAUCUAGGAAUGGCGAGUGCUGUGGAUCAAUGACUAUGCCUUUUACAUAAAUACACACAUACACUGUUGUGCACUAAACGGUUUUGCAUGGUGUACAUGUUGUGUAGCUGACUGUACCUCAUGUGAGGUAAAAAAAUUUAAUGGGUUAUUGUUUUCCAUUGCUUUGACUGUGACAAAAAUAUUGUUUGAUAAAUUUUGGUUUUUAGGCCUAAGAAUCGUGGUCCUGUCAUCAGCUUUUGCUGGGGAGGUUUGGUAGCUCGUUAAGCUGUAUCAACAAUGUUCAACUAAAUUUCAGUCUCUGCCACACACACACACGACAAAAGCAAACUAACUGCAGAGAGACAUGAACACCCAAACCUCACCUAACAUUGCAGUGUCCAUUGUCCAAUUGCAGGUUUAGAAGGACAUUUUGGUCUUAUGCACUAACUGUUUUAAUUCUGUAUGCAUUAAAAUGGACCGGUCAUUUACAUACAGUGGAGGUAGCCAUCUUGUCGCCUGAACUACUACUGUUAAAAUGUCAGCUUAUCAGUUUGCAGGAGGCGGUGACCUACGUGAGGCAUCUCCUCUUGUUCCCCAGUGACGUCACUAGUCCCUGGUGAAGUGGCAGGCUGGCCCAGUUCGGUGCACACAGUGGCCGCCUGCACGAUGUGUAGUGACACGUCCGCUGUAACUCUAUCGACUGUAAACACUGGAAUGCUGCACUCUCCAAUCUCUCUGCAUUGUAAAGCUUGGAGUUUUAUUUAUCUGAAGGAUGUUUGUAUAUUUUGUAAAUUACUAAUAAUACUCUCCCAUCACAGGUAAAUGAGAGAAAUCAUUGUCCUGUACAAAUGUACUCUUUCCCACUCUGUGUUGCAUGUCUGAGUAGUUCAGAUGUUUUGUAUAUUUAUUGUAUUAACACAGAGUGUCAUAGAAUAAAAUUCAUAUUUACGGA